AUGUUGUUCUCGCGCCUCCGCGAUACUGCGGCCGCUGCGCUCGCUCUCCGGACGGGCGGCGCUUCUUGCGCCCCGUCCGCCCUUCAUUUCUCGUCCGCUUCCUUGUCGGCUAAGCAUGCUUCUGCAACGUUCUGCGUGUCUCCUCUCCAUCGAUUCUUCUCCUCUCCUUCUCGUGCCGCGCUGUCGAGUCCUCGAGUGCUUGCGAAGCGGACGCUUUUCCGGCACGAGUGCGGGAGCUGCCGCGGCCUGAGCACGGCGGCGCGCAGCGUCUGCGGCAGCCUCUCCGAGGCGGAGGCGCACGCCGCAGUCGAGGCUGGUCUCGAGGCGCUCGCGCAGAAGAUCGAAGAGGCAGCUGGCCCGAAGCGCGAGCUGCUCAAGAAACUCAGAAAGGAUCAUGGAAACCUGGUCGUCAGCGAAGCUACUGUAAACAGCGUGUGCGGCGGCAUGCGAGGGCUGACUGCAGUUCUGACGGAGACCUCGGCUCUCGAUCCGGAGAAGGGCAUUCUCUUCCGCGGCCUGAGCAUCAACGAGUGCAUGGAGAAACUGCCUCGGCUGCAGAAAGAGACCUACCCCGCCGUCGAAGGUCUCAUCUGGCUACUUAUGACCGGCUCGAUCCCCACCGCGCAGGAGGUGCAGCUGCUGUCGAACGCGCUUUACGCGCUGUCGCUGUCGUCUGAGUCGGCGUCGCCUGCGUCGCCCUUCAUUCCGCUCCACGUGCACAAGGCGCUUGACGCGAUUCCCACUUCCGUGCAUCCCAUGACGCAGCUGGUCCUCAGCGCCACCGCGCUGCAGACGACCUCGCAGCUCGCCGACGCGUGCCGACACAAGAAAGUCAAAAAACAGGACCUGUGGAAGCCGGCGCUCGCAGACGCUCUCUCGCUGAUUGCGAAGAACGGAGUCAUGGCUGCACGCAUCUACCAGCGGACCUUCGACGACGGCAAGGAUAUCGAUCCGCAGCGCGGACUCGACUGGGCCGCCAACUUUGCGCACAUGAUGGGAUUCGACUCCGAAAAUCACCGCGAGCUGUUCCGCCUUUACCUUUUCCUCCACGCGGAUCACGAAGGAGGCAACGUCUCCGCGCACGCAGCUCACGUCGUCGGCUCCGCGCUAUCCGAUCCCUUCCUCUCCUUCGCCGCCGGCAUGGCGGGUCUCGCAGGGCCUCUGCACGGUCUCGCCAACCAGGAGUGCCUGAAGUGGCUUCUCGACGUUCACCGCAGCCUCGGCGGCGCCGCCCCGACGCCUGAGAAGGUUCGCCGCAUCGCGGAGGAAACACUCGCCAGUGGCCGUGUAAUUCCAGGAUAUGGCCACGCAGUUCUCCGCGUGACGGACCCCAGAUUCACUGCGCAGAGAGAGUUCGCCCUGAAGUACCUGAAGGACGACGAAUUGUUCAAACUCCUCGACGUCGCGUACAGGACGAUUCCCGACGUUCUCCUCGCCACAGGCAAGGUCAAGAAUCCUUAUCCGAACGUGGACUGCCACAGCGGAGUGCUGCUGCAGCACUUUGGCAUCACGGAGCCCGAUUACUACACCGUUCUCUUUGGCGUCUCGCGUGCGAUCGGCAUUGCCUCUCAAUACGUCUGGGCACGCAUCCUCGGGUUGCCCAUUGAGCGCCCCAAGUCGACGACUCUCGACCAGCUGGAGGCUCUGUGCGAAGCCAAGAAGAACUGA